ACGACGGCUCUGCGUUCCAGCACCAAGCAAGUUACAAGGGAAAACAACCACAGGGGCUGCGUGAGCCCAAUGGGUAAGUGGACACCACCACCCGUCCCGGCCAACUGCAGCCGCGCCUUCACUUCCUGCGCAGAAAGGCAGCCGCAGCCUGCUCGCUUGACUUGCUUGCCAUGACUCAUAAGCUAGUCUCCGUGUGAUAUGCGGGGCACGACAGUGCUGCCCCUGGCGGCAAUGGUGGUGGUCCUGCUGCACGCGGCAAGCCGAGCAGCUGGAGCCGGCGGCGGCGGCGACGGUAGCUGCGAGCGUAGCUGCGGGAGCAUGAAACUCCCCUACCCGUUCGGCUUCUCCAGCGGCUGCACGAUACGUCUCGGCUGUGACGACGACGUCGCGUGGCUCGGGGACGCGCGCGAGCUGGGACUGCACGUGCGUAAUGUCACGGCGCGGGGGAUCCUCCUCGAGCUGAUCCCCGACUGCUCCCGCGCGUUCAACGCGUCCGUCGAGGCGCUCUUCUCGGACAACUACGCGCCCAGCUCCAGGAACAACCUCGUCGUUAGCUCAUGCAGCCCAGUAGCUCAGGGUGCCCGCAUCAUCAGCGACUGCAGCAGCAACCCACCUGGCAGCUACAUGGACAGGAGCUCGUCCCACUGCUCCGCCAACGAGUCCAUCGGCUGCAUCGUGCCUCUUCCGCCCAGCGACUCCAGGGGCCGCCAUUUUCAUUUUCUGGGAAAGCAUGAGGUGCUCAGCUCGGAGUGCGUCGGGCUGGUCUCGUCGGUGAGCUACCAGGAUGAACCGAUGCCCGGGUUAAUGCUGGGCAUGCUGAGGCUGGACUGGUGGGUGCAGGGUCGGUGCCGCUGUUCUCCCAGCGCCAACUGCGCCCAGUUCACUGCGCCGACCACGGGGCAGGAGGUGUUCCAGUGCGGAUGCAUGGAGGGGUUCGAGGGUGACGGCUUCAUCGACGGCGCCGGUUGCCGGCCACCAGGUGCCUCGAGCUGGGAAGGCCGCAAACUACAAGUGUUCACUGGUGUGACUGCCGCAUGCGGAACCUUCCUACUUUCCGCCAGCAUCGCGGUUUGCUUCUUCCUCCACCGCCGGGGGAGAAGCAACGCCAUGAAAACAGCCAAAAAAAUACCUAAACAUGCGAGACUCUUCCGUGGAGAACUCGUGGAGGACGAGCUUGACCAAGGAGCCGGUGCUCCCCGACGAUUUUACUACGACGAACUCACUGUCGCCACUGAUAACUACUCCGACGACAGGGCGCUCGGAAAAGGAGGCUUUGGAUCAGUGUAUCGAGGAUUCCUGAGCGACAUGAACCGUGAAGUGGCCAUCAAGAGGGUGUCUGAGACCUCUCGACAGGGCUGGAAGGAGUUCGUCUCUGAGGUGAGCAUCAUUAGUCGGCUCAGGCAUCGGAACCUCGUGCAGCUCAUUGGAUGGUGCCAUGGCGGCGACGAGCUGCUCUUGGUCUACGAGUUGAUGCAUAAUGGCAGCCUUGACACUCAUUUGCACAAACCAGACUGCGUGCUGGCAUGGCCAGUUAGGUAUGAGAUCGUGCUCGGCGUAGCUUCAGCACUUCUAUAUUUACACCAGGACACGGAGCAAAGCGUGGUUCACAGAGACAUCAAGCCAAGCAACAUCAUGCUAGACUCCUCGUUCACCGCCAAGCUUGGCGACUUUGGUCUCGCGAGGCUUAUCAAUGACGGCAGAAGAUCUUACACGACUGGCUUGGCCGGUACAUUGGGGUACUUCGAUCCAGAGAGCAUGCUGUCCGGCAGAGCGAGCGUGGAGUCAGACAUCUACAGCUUCGGGGUCCUCCUCCUCGAGGUUGCCUGCGGGCGGCACCCUGCGGUGGUCCACAAAAAUGGUGAUGUCGUCCACCUGGUUCAAUGGGUGUGGGACUUAUAUGGCGGUGGGGGGAUCGUUGGUGCCGCCGACGAGCGGCUUAGGGGCGAGUUGGAUGAUCGGGAAAUGGAGUAUGUUCUGGUCGUCGGACUCUGGUGCGCGCAUCCCGAUCGCGGCAUGAGGCCGUCGAUCAGGCAAGCCUUGAAUGUUCUGCGAUUCGAAGCGCCAUUGCCGAGCCUGCCGGCGAGGAUGCCUGUGGCAACCUAUGGGCCGCCGACAAAUCCUUUGAGUUUUGGAACGCUGGUCUUAAGCAGUACCAACGGCCGAUGACGAUGAUCUCAUUAGAACACACGGACCACUUUUGUAACCAUUGUACACACCCUAUUAUAUAGCUCAAUGCCGGUGCGUUGCAGCUAAAUAGGAGUAUGAGAUAUUUAGACGCACUACUGAAAUGGUUGCUGUGAUUUUUGCAAA